AUGUGGGCAGCAGCUACUGUGUUCUCCGCUAUCGUGACUUUGGUUAACGCUGCCGCAUGGAAUGUUCGGGCCCAUGUUGGCCAAAGCGUUGCACUUAAUAUUGGACCUGGUGUUGUGACAUGGAAAAGGCAAAGACCAGGGUACCCAGCCGAGUACAUUGAGUAUUGUGAGCCAGAAGAUAAAAGGGCUAUAUGCGGUCAAUUUGUCACAGCGAACAACAAAGUGAUUUUUCCUGUAACCAAAGCACAUGUGUACCGAAAUGGCUUACUUGAGAUCUAUUCGUACAAGCCAAGUGAUGCUGGCGAUUACUCGUCUCCUGAUCAUGGGAUGGAAGAAGUAACAAAACCGGAUGGAAGCGUCGCUGGUUAUCUCGCUGGCCCAUUGAUUGGGCUUGAGACUUAUCGAAAAUGAGCAAAUUCAGUGAUCAUCUUCUC